GCGAUGACCUCUUUGGAUCACUAUACUGUAGAUUGCAACUUCUGUCACCAUGAACGUGUUUGGUUGUGUCGGGGCUUGGCUGACAAAGAAUAUCCUCUGCUAGCUAGCUAACCUUCCGGUGGCUUGAUUCCAAAAGAGGCACCGUGGCUUGAUGACGCUUCCAAUCUUUCGGCGAGGCAAUCGCCUGGGCCAGAGAAACCCCCCACUGCUCUCCAUCAUUUUGCGGGUGUUGUUCAUCUUGAUUCUGCUUGUCCUUGGCCAUGUGAUCUGGAGUGUGCAUCAGUGGAAUCAAUCCUACGUGGACAAAGAAUUAGAGGCUCCCUUGGAUCAUUGGAGUAGCAAUCUAUGGAAGCCUCUCUACAGUCUCGGUGGGUGUCCUACUAUUGUGGAUGAUGAUGCUACCACGGAUGCUACACAGGAUUUGCCACCCAUGCUCAUGAUUAGUGCGAGACCCAAACACCUGGUUGACCCAGUGCUCCAAAGUUGGACAAAAGCAGGAUUUCCCAUUCAACUGGUCAACACCUCGCAAAUCAGUCAAGACUACACCAAUACUCGCUGUCAAACGGAAACCUUCAAGAGUCGACUCUUUGCCAUUUACCAACACGUCUUUCGACAAACCAUAGAACAAUCAACAUCAUCAUCCCAACAACAACAUGACGACGAUUUUCGGGCCGUCGUGACCAUUGAAGAUGAUGUCAUGCUCCUGGAUGGGAUCCAGUUUCGUCGCGAACUCUUGUACGUUUACCACCAAGCGCAAUGGGACUAUUACUCCUUUACCCGAAACAGUCCCGAUACGUGUCUCUAUCGAUUUGGAACUCCAGCGCAACUAUGGGGUCGACGCAUGAUGGAACAGGUACUAGACGUUGAUGAUGAUGUCUUUUGUCGUCUGCCCAUUGACAUGUUUGUCGCGCAACAGGGACCUUGGUAUGUCACACACCAUCAACUGGUCAAACAUAUUGGCAAGAGAGUGGUGUUGCAUUAAUUAAUACACAUCAAUCAAUCAAGCUUCCGUCAAACCAACAAAGCAAAGAUCGUCCAGGCCUCUCUUGUCGACGACAAGAGUAGUCAUGGAUGAUCUUUGUGCCAUGCUGUUCCUACCACCCUUGGGUUACUGGGGCGAUUCUAACUCCCUCAGUGUUGACAGCGGAGCCGCUGCCAACAAGUACUGGUACCGAGCCAGCAACAAACCUACUGUUGUACUGUGCGGAUCCGUAUGAUUUCAAUGAUGCGGGGUGUUGUCUUAAAGUGGCUUCUGGGUGUGAACUUGCUCAAGGUCGUUAGCAUGGCUGUGUCAUCCAUCUCUCUGGCUAGAUUCAUGUGUAAACAAUGAGACUAAAUGAACAAAAAGGAAAGAUCAAAAGGCUACCUAGAUUUCUGUCCUUUUACCGUGGGAAUGAUGACACCCUCCCCGUGACAACCAGAACGUGUCCCUUCUCCUUCCAUUUAUUAAAUACUGCCACAGGCUACACAUGGCAAUUGAAAUACCUUGACAUUGCUUGACACACGUCCAUAUUAUUCUACAUGACACCGGUACACAAGUGAGAUAAGGCAGUUGUGAUGUAGGUAAAGAGGGAGGAUAGAGACCUUGACGCCCUGGUCUCAUAAUACAAUUUAAAUAACACUCUGUGUCUCACCUCUA